AUGGAUAUUUUCAAUCCCCAUGUACCAGCUGUCUUUUCAUCAAUUGAUGAUGUCUAUUUCAACAGACAAGACAAUGAAGCUAGAUACAAUGAACUUUCAAAUCAAUUCCAACAAUCUUUUGAUGGUGACAAACCAAUGUUUUAUUUCCGUGCUCCUGGUCGUGUAAACCUCAUCGGUGAACAUGUUGACUAUAGUGGAUAUCCAGUACUUCCAUUUGCAUUACAACAAGAUGUCAUUGUAGCAUGUAACUUUAACUCUAAACAAAAUAGUAUUAAUAUUAGAAAUUGUGUCGACAAGUAUACACCCAAGUCAAUCAACGUCGAUCAACCAAUCGUCAUCGACCCAUCUAAUCAUCACUGGACCAAUUAUGUUUUGGCUGCUAUCAAAGGUGUUCAAGAUGCAUCACCAUCAACCAAACUCAAAGGAAUGAAUUUAUUAUUUUCUGGAAAUGUUCCAGCUGGAUCUGGUGUAUCAAGUUCAUCUGCAUUGGUUUGUGUAUCAACAUUAACUAUUUCAUAUACUCAUAAUCUUGUGUUUACAAAGGAUGAAUUGGCAAAUAUCUCUGUCAAGUGUGAAAGAUAUGUUGGUGUUGAAGGUGGAGGUAUGGAUCAAGCCAUCUCUUAUCUUGCCGAAGAAAACACUGCCAAAUUGAUUGAAUUCAAUCCUCUUAGAACCAAUAACGUAGUAUUACCAAAAGGUGUAUCAUUUGUAAUUUCCAAUAGUUUAGUAGAAUCAAACAAAGUAGUUACAGGAGCAUUUUAUUAUAAUUUGAGAGUAACUGAAUGUCGAUUGGCAGCUGUUGUAUUGGCCAACAAGAUGGGUUUACAAUGGGAGCAAGUUAGAAAAUUGAAUGAUGUUCAAAAGUUAUCCAAUCUCUCACUACAACAAUUACUGGAAAUGGUUGACUCGCACCUCCACCAAGAAGCAUAUACUCGUCAAGAAGUUGCCAAUAUUUUAGGCGUCACUGUUGAACAAUUGGUCAAGUCGUAUUUCCCAUCGGGUGUUACCGCCGAAUCCUUCCAAUUGCAUCGUCGUGCUAGUCAUGUCUACAGUGAAACAUCUCGUGUCUAUGAUUUCCAAAGCAAGUGUCAAGAAUCUUCAAACGGUGGUAAAAAGGUUGAUGGAGCUGCCUCUGCUGCUGAUCACCAAGUCUCACCAUCUUCUAGUGUCGUUCACGAAUUGGGUAAAUUAAUGGAUUCAAGUCACUUUAGUUGCUCUCAAUCGUUUGAAUGUAGUUGUCCAGAGUUGGAUCGUUUGACCGAUAUUUGUAGAAAGGCUGGUGCCUAUGGUUCAAGAUUAACAGGUGCUGGAUGGGGUGGUUGUGUCAUCUCCCUUGUCCCAAGUGACAGAGCCGAAGAGUUUAUGGCCACCCUCGAACGUGACUAUUACUCCAAGAUUCCAUCUGACAAGUUACCACAAGACCGUUCAAGUUAUUUAUUCUGUACCAAUCCAUCCAAGGGUGCCUGUAUACUAUCACUUUAA